AUGAUAAGUAGGAAGAAUCUCCAAAAACAAUCUUACGCGGUUAUAAGCCGAGGAUUUAAGUUUAACCUAAAUAUCCCACCUCAACCAGAAAUAGUCUAUAAUGGUACCAACAAAGGUCGACCAAAAAAGUCAACCCAAGAUACCCUUAGAUCACUUUCCAAAGAUAUCAAUUUAGAAAGUGAAGAUGGUAGACCUUUUGAUCAAAUCAGAAAUUCAUUCUCCAGACAUAAGAAAACCCCAUCAUGGCUAGAAUCACCUCAACUUAGUGCCAAUUCGAAAAAUCCCGCUGAUGAGUGGGAACAGAUCUUUGCUACGGCGAAAACCCCAUCAUCACCCAAAGGUAAUUCAAGUUCUAAUGGGUCUCCUAAAUCAGAAUCCACUGGACGUCUUAAUAUCAAUCCCAGAUCGUUUUCAAGCUAUACUCAACGUGAGAACACUCCACGUGAUAACAGCUCCGCGCCUAAGGAUGAUUUCGGAGAUCUUUUUGAAGCGCUCAAGAGAGACGAGACAAGACCGCAAUCUCAAACAAGAUACCCAGACAUGAAUGACAGAUACCCCAGCAGAUAUCAAGACAGAGACAGACGUACGAGUGGAUAUGGCCGUGAUUUCCGUGAUAGAUAUCCACAACAACAACAACCAAGGGAAACCAGAUAUGGUGAUAGAUAUGGUGACAGACCAGGAAGCAGCAGAUAUGACCGUAGAGCAGGAGGAGGCGAUUCUAGUCAACAAUGGCCAAGUUUGGAAACUGGUUCCGCGAAGGCUAGAGAUGCCUUAAAAUAUACCUGUGGGAAAUUUGCCGAGCUUGAUCCGGAUAAUAUUCGAUUCUAUUGUGAUUUCUUAGAUCCUGAGACUAAUCACAUAAGAGAAGAUAAUUUAACUAACAUUGCCAGAAAUUUGGAUUUAGCCAAAGAUGGAAUUGAGAUUAUUGAAAGACACAAUGCUGAUCAAUUAUUGGUUAAGAUUGUGCCCGUUGUAAAGAUGAUGCAAGCGUAUUCUGAUCAUUUAGCAGAACUUAGAACACAAGAAUUACUUCGAAAGGAUGCAAAAUCGGUGAUAAGGGAGCAGAAACAACGUGAACAAAGAUUAAAAAGACAAGCGACUGGGAAAUAUGUGAAUAUGUCAUGGAGUAUUAGUCUUCAAGAUUUAAAUGCUAAAAAGAAGUAUGAUAUUGAGAAACAUUUGAAUAAUGGUGAUAAUUUUACGAUUACUGUUAUUUCGAAAAAGAAGUGGGAGAGGAAUCCAGUUUCAUUGACAAUAAAAGAUCCCGAUGCGUUGGAGUUUGAGUUAAAGAGAAGAGAGAUGAAUAAGAAUGCGUUGGAAGAGAUAUUGAAUCAAUCUGGUCGUUGUACAUUUACAGUCGAGGGUGAUAUUGAAACUUCAUUAAAAUACACUGUUACUCCAAAAGGGGGCAACUACACCCAACCAGCUGCAGAAGAACAAGAAGAUGCUGACCAUGACGAGGUGGACUCAAUUGAACCAGACACUAAACAAAUCAAACAGCAAAGAAAAGCAGAAAAGAAGAUGGCACUCAAGAAUAAGACCGAUGAACCUAAACAGAAAAAGGAUGAAAAAGACUUGGACGACAUGUAUCUGUUCGUUAUCGAAGAAUGA